AUGCCUCGUCAUGGUGGAAUCAAGACAUCGCAACCCGGGCGUCAUCAAAAUUUAGUGCAGAUCACCUGUUUGGAAGUUGUUGAAAACCCCGAUCACGAGAUCAGCUUUGCCUCGUUGGUGAAGGUGAGUCGUCCUCGUUCGACGCAUAAUCCGAUUCGACACUGAUAAGACAUUGAUUGCGGUUUGACAUAGGGUUGUCUCCAAGCCGACAAAGAGGCUGCUCAAAUACAAAGUUUAAAAAGAAGAAGAAGAAGACUGGGGACUAGAGCCCGCAGCAGGUUGGUCGGGAAUCGGUGGGUCGUCGACGAUUGCACGCGGGCGGGGCCCGAGGACGUGAGGAGUUAA